AUGGUGCUGGUGCUGGUGGUGCUCGGCGAGAGAAAGCAAGCAAUUCGAUCUGCUGCACAGGCCAUCUUCAAUGUAACGGCUUUGCAGCAUCUCUUCUCCCCAAGAUCUUUCCAAAUCUUGCACUUACAGCUGCAUAGAAACUCGAUCUGGAUCUUCUGCGAUUCAUGGCUCCCCGUGCACUCAAUACCUACUGAGAUCUUACCUGUACAUGCCUUCACCAGCUUUACUGCUUAUAAGGAUUCCACUACCGACUUUAUCCAAGGACGCAUGAGAGAAAACGCAUCCAUCUACACUGCUGACUUGCUGAAGCCACUCCAACCCAUCACUUCCUUCGAAGGCCUCACAGUCGAUGUUGAUGUCUGCUGCAUACCCAAGGAGACACCACCCUACGACCUGCAUACGGGAUUGAAGGAGAAGAUGCAGAAGGAGGAGACAAAGACGCUGGACAUGCAGAAGAGAGAAGAGGCUAAAGCGAAGGCACAGGAAGCGCAAAAGAACAAGUCGGCAACGCCGAAGAAGCGUCGAGAUCCACCGACCGCGUCUUCGUCGACACCCAAGAAGGCCAAGUCUACCAAGAAAGCUGCCGACGCUGUUGACGACUCUCUGCCGCCAAAUUCCUCUCCUUGCUACUCGAUUUGCAGACGAGUCGUAUUCUACCUUAUGCAUUUACUCAGCUCCCUCGCCGCUCUGGGUCUCCACGAUGUUUGGGAAGAACAGGGUUCCCUAAUUGUCCUCGACCAAGACUGCAAUCUACAUCAAUGCGGCGAGUGUUACAUUCCAUCCCAACAUUCGGGCUUUCUUUGGUAUUCGGAAGGCAACUCGCGUCAUCCUGCGACGUAUUUCGGUCUUGGAUCUCUCAGGUCUUAUGCCAUUAUAUCGGCUCUGGCUCGAACUGGUCCCGGCUCUGGAUUCCGCUCGAUGUACCGAAUGAGAAUAGAUAUCCUACGAUUCUGGGAGCAUGCCUUCGAGAUGGGAAUUUUGGCCAUCCGAUCACCGACCACGGAUGACGCUUUACUAGCUCUUAAUGGGCAUGUACCUCAUUUGACUGUUAAUUUUGGGAAAAUGGUCGGGGAAGAUCUGCUCACCGCUCACGAGGACAAUUGGUACAACGUUAUCCACCAUACAACCAUUAACUCCUGA